AUGCAAGCAUCUGUUCGGCGAUAUCAGAGGCCGGCCAGCAAUACUCAUAUAGCGAACAAACGGAGGACCCCGUGGCGUCCUCAUGUGCGGCCCCACGCGGCACCGAGCGUCGUGGUUGAUGUCGCACCCCAAGCGCUGCAGUACGGAAAAGAGCUUGAAAGCGCAAAGGCAGCUGUGCGACUUGCGUCGAAGUUGUGCCAGAUCGUUCAGCGCCAGCUUAGCGCUGAGGAGCGUGUAGACAAGAAGGAUGACUCGCCUGUAACGGUUGCAGACUACGGUGCUCAGGCAGUGGUGGCCUGGGCCCUGCAGCGCGCUGACCCCUCCUCCCGGCUAUCCAUGGUGGCGGAAGAGGACUCCGCGGAGCUGAGGCGACCCGCGGGUCGGCCCAUGCUGGAGCGCAUCACGCAGCUUAUCAACAGUGUGAUUUCGGAGGCGGAGCCGGGAGCACAGCUGAGUCCCGAGGAGGUUCUGGAGCUGAUAGACCUGGGCGGCUCUCCGGGUGGACCCACGGGUCGGCACUGGGUGUUGGACCCCAUUGACGGCACCCGGGGCUUCGUGGGUAUGCGCCAGUACGCCGUGUGCCUGGGGAUGCUGCAGGAUGGAGAGGUCGUGCUAGGUGUGCUAGGCUGCCCCAAUCUGCCUCAGGGCUCAGUGGUGGAGGAGGACGGGCUGGAGGGGGCCGCACAGCGUGCAGCUGCGGCCGCCGCCGCCGCCGCAGGCAGUAGCAGCAGCACCACCACCACUAGCAGCGGCAGUAGCGUGGGCUGCCUAUUCUCCGCGCACCGAAACCACGGGGCCUACGCGGAACCGCUGUGGGACGAGAGCUCGGCCCCGGUGCAGAUCCGAGUGGAGGACGUGAGUGACCCACGGGACGCUCGAUUCAUGGAAUCGGUGGAGAGUCGGCACUCCAGCCACAGCACCACAGCCGCGAUGGCCCGGGAGCUGGGCGUGGUGCUGCCCCCGCUCCGGAUGGACAGCCAGGUGAAGUACGGGCUGCUGUCCCGGGGCUGUGCCUCCAUCUUCAUGCGCUUCCCGCCGCCCGCCUACAAAGAGAAGAUCUGGGACCACGCGGCGGGCUUCGUGAUUGUGGAGGAGGCGGGAGGCCUGGUCACGGACGCGGCGGGUGUGCGGCUGGACUUCUCCCGCGGCCGGUUUCUCCAUCCGCUGGACCGCGGGAUUAUCGCGGCGCCGCCGGCGCUACAUGAACAGCUUGUGAAGGCGGCGACUAAGGUGGUGCCGCCGUCGCCGUCGCCAUCGCCGUCGCCGGCCCCAGCGGGGGGGAAGUCUGGGCAGUGA